AUGUGCCAGCCAGUACACCACAAGACCUCUCCCAUAUGCUUAACUCCUAUCUCCUACGACUACUAUCGAAACUCCUUCAUCAUGUUCACUGGACUCAUUGAAACCAUCGGGACCGUACUUGAAGCCAAUGCCCUUGACGCUUCUGUCUCUGGUGGAAACGGCGUCUCGCUUGUCAUCGGAGACUGCGCUGAGAUCUUAGUUGAUGUUCAUUUGGGUGAUCUGAUCUCCACAAAUGGUGUUUGCCUUACCGUGACUGAGUUCGAUGAAAAAAAGACCUUUUUUAAGGUGGGAUUAGCACCAGAGACGCUUAGGCGCAGCAACUUGGGUGAGUUGGUGUCGGGAUCCCGAGUCAACUUGGAAAGAGCAGUUAAGAGCGAUGUCAGAAUGGGCGGACAUGUAGUACAAGGCCAUGUGGACACAGUAGCUCGGAUUUGCGCGAAGCAAGCUGAUGGAAACUCUAUUGCGUACACUUUUGAACUACGCGAGCGGGAGAACAUCAACUAUAUUGUCGAGAAGGGCUUUAUUGCUGUAGAUGGCACAUCUUUAACAGUGACAGGUGUCGACUAUGAGAAGGCGCAAUUUUCGAUCAUGUUGGUCAGCUAUUCGCAGGCGAAAGUGAUUCUUGCUCUGAAGAACCUUGAUCAGUAUGUCAACAUCGAGGUAGACUACACGGGCAAAUUGAUCGAGAAACAAGUGCAAUUGACAUUGCAGGGCCAAAUAACAAACGAACUGAGUCCUUUGAGUCAGUACAUUUCCAAAGUCGUUGAGAGAAAGUUGUCAGAAGUGUUGAGAAAGUAA